AUGGCCAUGGCAGACGGCCGAUACGGAGACAUUGAUUCUAUUUUCGACAUUCGCGAUGGAGGCAUGAAAGGAGCAGCAGUUGGGUCAGCCGUAGGGGAAAAAGGUAAAGCCCCAGUCGAGUGUCGGCACCACCUUCCGACUACAUCGAAGAUUGUGAGAAUUGCUGCUUCAGCGGUCGCGGGUUCGCUGCUCGGGGUUUGCAUGGUGGUUCCUGGAAACAGACACCAUUUCCAAUUCAAGUUUAGCUUUUGUAGACUAGAGAGAGGGUGCAAAGACCUCCCCAAAGUUGGGAAGUCGAGGUCGAGCGAACGGUGGGGUUUCAGGGUGAGACGAGGCCAAAAUAGGGUUUGGCUCGAAACAGCGGGUCUUCAUUGGAUGGCUAUUCUUAGACCGAAGAAUAGGGGGGGGAUAAUUCGUGCUUGA